AUGCUCGGAUGUAAAGACUCUCCAGAGGAUGCCGCCUCCAAUUAUGUGCCGGAGCUGCCGCCCCCUCCUGGGUGCUUGGGGCUAGCAGUGUGGACGAAUCGGGAGGUACCUCCGCAGGACUGGGGCAUGACGGCCACGCAGUUCCGCGAGUUUUUGUCUGGAUGCCGCGAGACCACACGGUGGUCGUGGAUAACGGAGGUGCGAGAAGUUGUGACUUUGUACGAUGUCAUACAGCAGCUGGUGAAGCCGUGGACCCGAGGCACGGGCUGUGGCAUCGCACUGCGGAUGAACCACAAGAAGCCAUGUCGGGCCACUUUGAUGAUCUCCCACACUUGGGCAGAAGAUAUGGAUGAGUGCGAGGAAGCCAUUGUUGACUACUGUCUCGAAUCAACGUCUGGACUCGCCACUUGCAUUUGGUUCUGCGGGUUUGCUCAAUACCAGGCAGGGGAUGAGCCGGGCGACAUUGGUCCGAGCAUAGGCGAACAACUCAAGCUGGAUCCAUUCGGGGCUGUGAUCCGUCAUACGACCCCUGCCAUGGGCAUGGUGGUGGUGCACACCUCAUCGGCGCGGGUGUAUGAACGGCUUUGGUGUGUUUAUGAAAUCUCAGAAGCCACUCGCCUGGAAUCCAAAGUUGGUAUUGCUUUUUCCGAGCGCUAUCUGAAGCAGCGCCACACAUCUCUGGUGGACUUACUGAAAGCUCGUACCGACAACGCUGUGUGCAGCAACCCUGCAGACGCCGAAAUGAUUCGGUCGCGCAUUCAGGACCAGGGAGGCUUCCGAGCCCUCGACUGGAAAAUCUUUUCUUUUCGCCUGGAGUCCCUGCGGGCUGUGCUGGCCAAGAAGGAUCCGAACUGGCAGAACAUGCUGGCGGAAGAGCUGAAACGCGCUGAAGAAGAGCUGAACAACUGGUCUAUUUUCGGGCCGUCGAAGAGCGAGAAGCCAUCCCACUCGCGAAAUCGCAUGGUGAUGCUCCUGGCCAUGGGCACUGUGUCAGUUGGCUUAGUGGUCGCUGGCGCUGCGGUGGCUGCAGCUUUGAGGGCAACCGAGGAGAACUGGCCAGAAGACGAAGGACCAACAACAACGCUUAGGUUCGGCACCCAAGGCUUCGGGCAGCCUUCACCGCAGCCACCGCCGCCACCUCCGCCACCUCCAGCGCAGCUGGAGAGUCCAGCGCCGAGCAUGGAUACUGCCUUGCUGGUGACGCUAAUCAGCUUGCUCUUCCUGGGCAGUGUCUGUUUGAGUCUGCUUGGCAUCCUGGCGCUGCGCCGCUGCAGAGCUCCGGCAGCUCCUGCGCUCCGCAGAGCGAUGGACGACCCGCAGCAGAGGAGCCAGCUGGACUGGGAGGAGAAGCUCCAGCUCGCCAAGGAUUGCUUCUGCGAAGACACCUUGCCGACCUUGCCGAACAGCAAGCUGUCACUCUGA